CGUAAGGUUAAAAAAUGGUGACCAUCAUUGCACUAAAAGGAAGAAUCCAGUCACAACCCUAAAAGAAAUAAAACCCUCUCAAAACCCUAAAAUUCUCUCCCUCUCUUUUCUUUUUAUCAGUGUGAUUCCCUUGAUCAGGAUGUUUUGUCUGCCAUGAUCAAGGGAAUUUCUUCUCUGACCUCUCCGUCUUAAAUUUACUCUUAGAAUUCUAGGAUUUUGAACUAGACCCACAAUUAUAGAAGAAUUCCUAAGUAUUAAACCUCUUUUAGCUGAUUGGGCUACCAAAAUUCUCUCUUCUUCAGCUCAAAGAGCUCGCAGGAACAUUAGGCAGUAAGGAUGUCAACUCCAUCAAGAAAGAGGUUGAUGAGGGACUUCAAGUGGUUGCAGCAAGAUCCUCCUGCUGGAAUUAGUGGUGCACCUCAAGACAACAAUAUAAUACUUUGGAAUGCUGUUAUAUUUGGCCCUGACGACACUCCUUGGGAUGGAGGAACGUUUAAGCCGACUCUACAGUUUACGGAGGAUUAUCCAAAUAAACCACCAACCGUCAAAUUCGUCUCCCGAAUGUUCCAUCCAAAUAUCUACGCUGAUGGGAGUAUUUGCUUGGAUAUCCUACAAAACCAGUGGAGUCCUAUAUAUGAUGUAGCUGCCAUUCUUACUUCCAUCCAGUCGCUGCUUUGCGACCCGAAUCCAAACUCCCCUGCCAACUCUGAAGCUGCACGUAUGUAUAGUGAGAAUAAUCGAGAGUACAACAGAAAAGUACGUGAAGUUGUCGAGCAGAGCUGGACAGCAGACUAAGUAUAUAACACCUCAUCUAAUAGGGCGAGUUAAAUCUGUUGUGAAAGCUCGGUAUUCUGUUUGAGCAAAUGCUGCCUUCCGAACACCUCUUAUAUUAUUAAACUUGUCCAUCAACUUUAAGUAUCUGUACUAUGUUCAGCUUGGUUUGUUUAACUUUAUAGACUGAAUGGAUGUUAGUCAUUUUCAUUGUUUUCCUUGGUGAGGGUUAUGUUACAUUUUCGUCCACUUUAUAAUGCAUUUAUAUUUUUAUUGGUUGUAUCAUAAUUUUCAUAAAAGAAUCGUGUAAAAACCUCUUUCGGACGGUAUAUUAAUUGAAAUGAAAUAUAAA